AUGAAUAAUAUUUUAGAAAAAAUACCCGAACAUAUACACAAAUUCGAAACAGAUGAAAAAUGGGAAAAGGGACCAGCUAUGCAAUUCACAGAUUUACACGAUGCAUCCAAAUCUUUAGACGAAGUACAACAAAUGAUUAACCAAGAACUUUUAAGAGAACAAAAUCAAAAACAUCAAUUUGUACACAGUAAUUUGCUAUAUGUAACAAUAUUACUGGCAUUAAUAUCUAUUAUACUAAUAAUAGCAAUUUACAUAAUGAUAAAAUGCAAGUAUAUCAGGACCACAGAAGUCAUGGAAUUUCCCGGCAGAAUAGUUAGAUAUAGGACACCCAAUAGAAAUGACUACGUACGAAAUUAUGAAGAGACACCCUUUACUCCACCACCUCCACCAAGAUAA